AUUUAUAUACGUGUAAAAUAAUUUAAUAAUAUUUAUCGAUAGUUCUCAAUUUUAUUGGUUACUUACGCUCAAAAUUAAUUUAGAUUUUGUUACGUCGCAGUAGUUUCGAUAGUUCUCAAUUUAGUGGUUACUCAUACUCAAAAUUAAUUUAGAUCUUAAAUUUUUUGUUACGAUGCAGUUUCGUGAGUGACUAUGAGGGAGAGGGACUACGCAAGUUCUUCUCUUGAUCGCUAUUACGUCAUACAUCAGAUACUAUAUUAGUAAGGGGAUUACUUCCAUCUUCAACAGGAGUAAGUCAUUGGCUCAUUCACUUGUGUAACGUAAAAGUCAUAAAAACGAAUUUUUAGUAUUAAAAAAUUUUUCGUACUUUAUUCCUACAACCAUGGCGAACGCGUUUAAAGUUUACUGUGAGAAAAUAGAUCUUGAAAAUAUAGACCUCAAGAAGGUUUAUACCUUCAAAGAGUUCGAGUAUAUAAACGACCAACUUAAGACCCGCACUAUACAACUUGACGGAAAACCAGUUAACCUCUUCGAAUACAAAAACGGAAAAUUAAUCCCAAUGCCUCAGGUUCCUAUUGCUAGAGCAGCAGUUGUUGCCGAGAUUGUAAGACAGUUAGGUAACUGGAACAUUGAAACUCACCAAAAUGGGAGAAUCACUUCGUCUCAAGGCGGGUUUGACUUCAACGUUGGAGGAGCGAGAACACUUCGAGCACCAGACGUUACAUUCGCACCAAGACAAACGACCCGUAGCUUGAAUGCAUUACAAAAUUGGACCUUUCAAGGUCAACCCUUUACUCCAAUAUUUGUUGUUGAGGUUGAUUUCAUUCAAAGUGAAUCAGAAUUCCAAGCAUUUGAUGAUAGAUUUAGAAAUGAAUUCUUUGCACCGGGAACGUCUGUGGAGUUAGGAUUUCUGCAAGAUUCAGGUUCAUCAUCGUCGGAUGAUGAUACUAGAUUUCCUUGUCCUAAAUGUACGGAAACCUUUACUAAUAAUCACAGAUUUACGAAGCAUUUUCGAAUGGAACAUGCACUUAAGCCACGUAAACAACGCGUUAAUCAAUAG